UGCGGCCGCGGCCAAAACCCAGGCAUCUGGGACUGUUGUUGUUCCCUCCUGGCGCGACCGCCCCAGUUCCUUAGCUCAGAGAGAGACCUGGAGCUGGUGUGAGGAGUGGGCGGCCGCAACCUCCUCUGUCCCGCUUCCCGAAGCUGCGGCAGAAACGGGCGCAAACAUCCUGCGGUUGGUCUCUGAUGCCCUUCAGUGAGGAGGGGGCGUCGGGACCCUGGUGAGCGCACCUCAGGCUCCCCCAACUCGGCGUCUUCAUCUGCCCUCUUGGCCCGCAAAUCCCAGUGUGCCUGCCAUGGCUGAAAACGCAGAGGGGGACCUGAACUCCAACCUGCUCCACACCCCCUACCACACCGGGGACCCUCAGCUAGACACAGCCAUCGGGCAGUGGCUCCGUUGGGAUAAGAAUCCCAAAACAAAAGAGCAAAUUGAAAAUCUGUUACGAAAUGGAAUGAACAAGGAACUGCGGGAUCGUCUUUGUUGCCGAAUGACUUUUGGGACUGCAGGACUUCGUUCUGCUAUGGGAGCAGGAUUUUGUUAUAUUAAUGACCUUACAGUAAUACAAUCAACACAGGGGAUGUACACAUACCUGCAGAGAUGUUUCUCAGACUUCAAGCAGAGAGGCUUUGUCGUUGGAUAUGAUACCCGGGGGCAAGUAACUAGCAGCUGCAGCAGCCAGAGGCUUGCUAAACUCACUGCUGCAGUCUUACUGGCCAAGGAUGUUCCUGUGUACCUUUUUUCAAGAUAUGUUCCUACACCUUUUGUACCAUAUGCAGUCCAGGAGCUCAAAGCAGUUGCGGGUGUGAUGAUUACGGCAUCUCACAACCGCAAGGAAGAUAAUGGAUACAAGGUUUAUUGGGAAACAGGUGCUCAAAUCACAUCUCCUCAUGAUAAAGAAAUUCUGAAAUGUAUAGAAGAAUGUGUGGAACCCUGGAAUGGUUCCUGGAAUGAUAAUUUAGUGGAUACCAGCCCACUGAAGAGAGAUCCUCUGCAGGACAUUUGUAGGAGAUAUAUGGAAGAUCUGAAAAAGAUCUGUUUUCACAGGGAAUUAAACUCAAAGACCACAUUGAAAUUUGUACAUACAUCUUUUCAUGGGGUCGGACAUGACUAUGUGCAGUUGGCUUUUCAAGUGUUUGGUUUUAAGCCUCCAAUUCCAGUACCAGAACAAAAAGAUCCUGAUCCAGAUUUUUCUACCGUUAAAUGCCCAAACCCUGAAGAGGGAGAAUCUGUGCUGGAACUUUCUUUGAGACUGGCAGAGAAAGAAAAUGCCCGCAUAGUGGUAGCCACAGAUCCUGAUGCAGACCGACUGGCAGUGGCAGAACUUCAAGAGAAUGGUCACUGGAAAGUUUUUACAGGGAAUGAGUUGGCGGCUCUGUUUGGGUGGUGGAUGUUUGAUUGCUGGAAGAAAAGUAAAUCGGGCAAUGCUGAUGUGAAGAACAUUUAUAUGUUAGCCACCACAGUCUCCUCCAAAAUUCUGAAGGCAAUUGCACUUAAAGAAGGAUUUCAUUUUGAAGAAACAUUACCAGGUUUUAAAUGGAUUGGAAGUAGAAUAAAAGACCUCCUGGAAAAUGGGAAAGAAGUCCUUUUUGCAUUUGAAGAGUCUAUUGGUUUUCUGUGUGGAACUUCAGUUUUGGAUAAAGAUGGGGUGAGUGCAGCUGUUGUAGUUGCUGAGAUGGCAUCUUACCUGGAAACCAUGAAUAUAACAUUGAAACAGCAACUGAUUAAGGUUUAUGAAAAGUAUGGUUAUCAUAUUUCAAAAACUUCAUAUUUCUUAUGUUACGAUCCAAAUACCAUCAAAAGUAUAUUUGAAAGGCUUCGCAAUUUUGAUUCUCCAAAAGAAUAUCCAAAAUUUUGUGGGACAUUUGCUAUAUUGCAUAUACGGGACGUUACCACUGGCUAUGAUAGCAGCCAGCCUAAUAAGAAAUCAGUGCUGCCUGUGAGUAAAAACAGCCAGAUGAUCACAUUUACUUUUCAAAAUGGCUGUGUUGCUACUCUUCGGACUAGUGGGACAGAACCAAAGAUAAAGUAUUAUGCAGAGAUGUGCGCGUCACCUGACCAGAGUGACACUGCCUUACUAGAAGAGGAAUUGAAGAAACUCAUUGAAGCUUUGAUUGAGAAUUUUCUUGAGCCCAAUAAAAAUGGACUGAUCUGGCGUUCUGUUUAGUGGAUGUUGGCGCAUCAUUAUUUUGCACCGGCAUACGAAACAGGACAACCAAGAACUCCAUGCAUUGAACUCAUGUUAGCAUUCUCUCUAUCUCAUCUGGCCAAGUGUUUUUCUUAUCUUUUUUGUUGGCUGACUAAACAAACUGUAUAACUUUUAAAUGAAAUGGUCUGGAGAAAAAUGAUGCAAAUUUUUUCAUAAUCUUGAACAAAAGUCAUUACGUUAAAAGUAUUAUAGUAACACGUCAUUCUUCGUGUCUUUAACAAAAACAAAACAGUGCAAAAGUGAAUUUUCUUAUUGAAGUGUGAUUAAGUAAGCUUAAUUCCAUAUUCUUGUAAUUGCGUAUAGCAUGG